CAUAUUAAGGAUGCCUAAAAACUUUCGAAAUGGCAACACCCGUGGCCGUGGUGGCCGCUACAAUGGGGGCGAUCGAUUUUACGAUGCCGCGGAAAUAGUAAAUCGAGGACAUGACGAUCGAACGGAACGUGGUGGCGAUUGGAACGAUCGGAACGAUCGGAAUAGGAACGACCGUAACAUGACCAAUGUGCAGCGGCGCGUUAGCUUCAAACCUUUCAACGGGGGUCGGGGCAAGGGUCGCAUCACCGAGAACCAGAUGCGCGCACACUUCAACGAGGAAGACGAAGCCAUGAGCGGUGAUACCUUCGACAGUGGCAACAUGCAUGGACGUCCAAACAAUCGGUUCAUCAAUCGGCAAAGACGCAGCGGAUCACCGAUUCCGCGCGGUGUAUCGAAUGGGGGAAAUUUGUCGAAAAAGCUUUUCAAACAGACGAACUCGUACUGGUACGAGGUGAAGAUACCGUACGGCCAUAAGUACGAGAAGGAUUUCAUCCUUCGAUCGAUCCAACAGCAGCUCAGCCCGAUGGUGUUCAUUCCGCUGUAUUACAAAACAACCGAGUUUGCUGCAUCGUUCUUCGUGGAGGGUUUCCAAGUGGCCUCAGCCAUCCUACAGGCCAGCCGUACCAUCGAAUGUCCCGAUGGUCGACGCUUAACGUUGAAUGUGCGCAGUAGUCAACCGCCCGUUCAGAUGAACGAACAGCUGAAGAGCCGCAUGAAACAGGCAAUGGUAAAACGCUACAACCCGCACACGAAGGCCUUGGAUUUGCAAAGGUUCCACGCCGAUCCCGACCUCAGCGAUAUCUUCUGUGCGCUGGCUCGGGCGCAAAUUAUGCUCACGGCUAUUGACAUUAUCGCGGAACACAUUCCAGAGCUGCAGGCACUAAACCUGAACGACAACAGGCUGUACAUGCUGGAGCACAUGAAGUCGAUGGCCAACAAGUUGCCUCAUUUGAAAAUUCUUCAUUUGGCUAAAAAUCGGAUACCGUACCUUAGCACGCUGGACAGCUUGAAGAAUCUGAAACUGGUGGAGCUAAAUCUGGAGGAUAAUCCGCUACGUAAACAGUACGACGAUAAUACGGCUUACAUCAGUGAAGUGCGUAAACGCUUUCCCAAAGUUUUAAAGCUGGAUAAUAUUGACCUGCCGCCACCGAUCAGCUUCGACAUUCCGGAAGACGAUAUGAAACUUCCGGAUGCCAAGGCGUCGUUCCUAUGCGAUGCCGGUGGAUCCGAUAUUGUUCGGCAAUUUCUGGAACAAUAUUUCGCUAUCUACGAUUCCGAUAACAGGCAGCCGCUGCUCGAAGCGUACCACGAGCAUGCCAUGUUUUCGCACACCGUCAACUCAUUUAAUCAACAAAAGAUGAGUGUGUACUUGAGCGGAACUCGUAAUAUAAAGCAUAAAACGGAUCUAGAUUCACGUUGUCGUUUACUGAAGCAAGGAAGAUUGCCGGUGGUAACACACCUAUCGUCACUACCACUAACCAAACACGAUCUGAUGACCUUCGCCGUCGACCUUACUCUCUUCACGCCCCACAUGCUGCAAUUGACGGUAAACGGCGUGUUCAAGGAACGCAAAGCAAACGGUAACGCUGAACUAAUGCGAUCAUUUCAACGCACGUUCGUCAUAGUACCGUCGAACGGUGGCUUUUGCAUACGGAACGAGAUGCUGCAUAUUAGCGUCGCUACUCGCCUUCAAGAGGAUAAGUGUUUCAAGCCGGUGAACAGUCCGGUCAUGACGCAGCCCAUUACACCUGCACCGACCGUCAGCACGAUAGCUGCACCCUCAAUGGUACCGGACGAUAAUACGAAGCUGCAGAUGAUACAGGCACUAUCCGCACAGACCAACAUGACCACCGAAUGGAGUAAGCUGUGCCUGGAGGAGAACAACUGGGACUAUCAGCGAGCCGAGUUUGCUUUCGCCGAGUUGCACAAGCAGAAUCGAAUACCGCCGGGAGCGUUCGUCACGAAUUGAGCUGUGUAAGCUGAGGAG